AUCGACGGGUGGCGGGCUACGGGUGCCAAAUAACUGGAAGGCGCACACACGGUGCCAUUUCGAAAGUCGACAUUUACCCGCGAUCUAGCAGGAUGCGGCAGUCGUCGUACGAUUAACGCGGUAAGCGCGCGCCGGUCGUGUAUCUAAUACUUAUCCACGUCUUUGAUUUUGACGCAUUAAACUGGCGCGAUUUCGGUUACCUUUCGACGUUUUAAGAAGCGUUCGUUAUUCAAUUAGAAGGAUGACGACGGAAAUUGACAAGGACGAGCUGAAAAAACGUUUAACGCCGUUACAGUGGCACGUGACACAAGAAAAAGGAACUGAGAGGCCAUUCACUGGUUGCUACAAUAAAUUUUAUCAAAAUGGUACAUACACGUGUAUCGUCUGUGAUCAGGAAUUAUUCUCUUCUGAUACAAAAUAUGACAGUGGAUGCGGUUGGCCUGCAUUUAAUGAAGUUUUAGAUCAAGGACGGAUUAAGUUAACCAAAGAUACCUCUCAUGGUAAACUGAUAUUAUUGAAUGGAAAAGAAAAAUGAUUAAAUGGGAAUUAAAGCUUGAGUAUAUCUACGAUUAGAUUUUAGCAUUACCUGCUUAUUAUGGUGUCUUCGCUCUUCACACAUUACAAUUUUAACCCAUCAUUAAACCUUCCUAACCGUUUCUUUUAUAUUUCUUCGUUGCCUUCUCCGUAGUUCUUCUCUAAUCUCUAUCUUUUUUCAUUUUCAAUAAUAUAAUAUACACCAGUGCGAUAUAAUAUUCUGGUAAAAAUAUUUUUUACUGGUUUAGCUAUUAAUUAUUUUGUGCAUGUAUAUUUCUUAAAUACUUUAAAUUAAUUAAUUAUACAAUAUAUAACUUAUGUUUAGUAUAUUAUGAUCUGGCUUUAUUUAUACAUGGGUAAAAUGAUUGUAGAUAUAAAUUUUGAUAUAAAGUUUAAAGGAAGGCAGAAUUCCUAAUACCUCAUAUCCUGCAUGUCCAGCUUAGAGUGUGAUUGUGUUAGACUUACAUCAAUUUUUUAUUAUUGUAAUGAAAUGUUAGAUAUAAAUUGCAAACAAAUCUUUCGUCUAAUUAAUUUACAAAAAUAGUAGCUAUAGCAUCUCUCAUAAUAUUUGCAAAUAAAUAGCACAUAACUUGUAAUUGUGGCUUUUUAUAAUAUAAUUUUACUUAUGGCCUUAGUAAUAUCAAAAUUAAAUAAUAUUAUCUUUAUUUCUAAUACAGCCGUCGCAGUAAUAUAUGUGGUGUAGAUGAUAAUUAUUUUUUAUGCAGCUAUAUAAAAACAUUAUAUAAAAAAGAAAAAAUAUUAUUGUAUAGAAAGAAAAGAAAUAUUGUAUUGUAGAUAGGAUAGUUACAUUUCUAAUAAACUAGAUUGUUAUUUAUUUAACUCUUUAUUAAUAUUGACCAGAUUAAAAAUUAGGAAUCUAAAAAGAUUGGAAAAAACAAACAUUAUAUAUAUAAUACUUUUACUUAUUUUAAAGGUAAUGAAAUUAAUACUUACUUUAAAUUAAUAUCAUAUUCAAGAUAUAUGAGUAAUAUAUAUAUAUAUAUAUAUAUAGUAAUUUCAAAAUUUUAUUCUAAUGAAUAUUUAUAUCAAUAUUGUAUUAAGUAAAUGAUGUGUUCAUUUAGUAUUAUAAUCAGUGAAUGUUACUGCAAUUACUACAGAGGAAACUCAAGGAUGUAAACUAUAUGCAAGGUAAUUUUGAAGGAUAAAAAUAUGUGAAAUAACAAAAAUUAAUUAAUCUAACUGUAAGUCUACUUCUUCGCCACUACUAUUGCUGGGAGGCAUUGAAAGUGUACUCAAAAGGGUGUGGGUCUGCGUUUAAUCACACUCUAUUAUUGUCUUUCCUUUGUCUUCCUACUGCUCCGCUACCACCACUUCACUCUCACCAUUGAAACACGAAAAUCCCGUCACCACACGACCUGUAGUUGGUGGCAAUCUACUACUGCUGAUCGCAAACCCAGAUAUGGUGCGGACUGAAGUGACCUGCUCAAAGUGCGGUGCACACCUGGGACAUGUAUUCAACGAUGGUCCAAAACCUACCAGGAAGCGCUUCUGCAUCAACUCUGCU